UUUCUAUAGAAAUCUGUUUAUAACGACGCGUGACCGCUUCCCAGAGACAUGGAUAACGACCACCCAAUCUGCAUCUGACCACCUGGGGAAAGACAAAAGGCAGUCGCUGUAAUAAUUGCAUGCUAGCUGCUAAUGACUUGUUGUGGACGAGUGCGGUGUCUUUGUAUGUGGAAGAGUAAGAAUGUGCGGAUAGUAUAUAAGCAUUUGCAGAGCAGAAUGUACAGUUAGUUCACUUUCUUUUUCUGGUCCGAUCGCGCCAGUUACUUAUAACUUCGAUUUAACUACCGCUGUUAGCAUUCGUUACAAGUGACCUUUCGUUGAAUUGUCAGUAUAUAUUGCAUUUUGUUCUGAUAGAAUCAGUUUCGUUAAAAUUGCGUUAAGUUUUAUUGUCAGUUGAUUGUUAGUCAGUUGUUUAAUUUCCUCAUCAAAUAUGGAAUCACGCACUAAUCUUGAGAAGAAGUCGAACGAAGAAUUGAGAAGCCAGUUAAGAGGUUUAGGAAAGGCAAUCGCCGGUAACAAAGCUCAGCUAGUGGACCGCUUGUUCAGCGCUUUAAAAGCAGCCCAUUCCAAUGCCACCGUAUCGGCACCGCCCGCGGCGGGCCGUCCUUCAGCGCCUGUCCAGGAGGAGAAUCGACAGGUGCAGCCCCUUGAGCUAGACAUUUCCAUUGGACCAAUUGAGGAAGUUGCCGGUAUAAUUGGUCUUUCCACAGAAGGGGUCGCGCAACUUAAGGCAAACGGGUUCGUCAAAGGUGAUGAUUUGGAGUUACUUCGGGAAAAGCCGGACCUGAUCCCCAAGGCCAUUGGCAUCCUCUGUGAGCAGUUGAAGCUGACAAAAUACUUGUUCCCGGGCGAGCCAUCCCGCAGUGUAUCUGGGCAGCAGCAACCGCAGGCGUCCGGUGGACCUCUGCGGCAUCCUAAUGUCCGGCCGGCAACGGUCCGACCAUCAUCCCAAGCGUCGGACAGCGGACGCUUUCCGCGCGGGUCCCGUCCGUAUGACGGCCCGCCUCGUUUUCGCUCUCAAAUCGCCAGUAGCCAGACAGCCCGUGGGCCAUAUCUCGCCUGUGAUCGGUGGAACGAUGGGAGGUGUAACACACGCGGUAACUGCUUGUUCCCACACCACUGCGAAUUCUGUUCCGGACCUCAUCAAGGACGCUUUUGCCGCACCGGAAAUGUCAAUGGGCAGCAGCCAAACCGUGGACCGGCAUUUCGACAGCAGAGCGGGAACAACACCGCGGAUGGACAACGCAAUUGAGAGCGUUUCUCUCGCUAGUGACAUUAGCAGUGCGUUUCCUCCACCGGCGCAUGAAUGUAUUCGUACUGCUCUUCGCAGUAAUUGUUUUGGUAACAGUGAACUUCUGCAUUAUACUAAUAUUGUUGACUCAGAUUUAGUUGACCGUUGUUCUUUAACUCGCUCGUUAGCGGAAUGGUUUUAUGCGCUGGGUGAUGAUCACGAUCGCCAUUUUAUCUUGCAUGGUAUCGCCGUUGGU